UCGUCUCAACAAAAUCAGUUUCACAUUGUCUGCGCCCAGAAUAUCGUCUUCUGCAGCGUCAGUGUUCCUCAGUUUUGGACAAUGUUGAGAAUAAUCUGCACUGUAUUACUACUGUUGACCGGUCACCUGGUAGUUCAAGGUUUGCGUCUCGCCGAAAUCAAAUGUUCGGAAUAUCGCGACAAAACAACGAUGGCAUUUUCAUCAGCCAUUCCACUAACUCUCGAUCCGGAACCGAUUCAUUUUAAUGCGUCCAAGUGCGAUAAAUCGGUCCAAUUGAUAGUUGGAGGGGAAGACGCUAAACCAGGCGAAUUCCCACAUCAAGCGCUGCUAGGGUACGAAAAUCCCGAGACAAAAAAGAUCGAUUUCAAAUGUGGCGGAACGCUCAUAAGCGAACGGUACGUGUUAACAGCUGCCCACUGUUCGAAGUAUGGCAAACCGGUUCUGGUGCGGCUGGGUGAACUGGACCUAACAGAUGACGUGGAUGAUCAGGUUGAUAUUGAAGUUGAGUCUUUCGUUAGGCAUCGGAAUUAUACUAUCAAGGCAUCGUAUAAUGACAUAGCACUGAUAAGAUUGAAGGAGGAUGUUAUAUUUUCGAACCUUAUUCGGCCAGCGUGUCUAUGGACAGGAUUUGAUGUGAAUGUUACGAAGGUUAUCGCAACAGGAUUUGGACAUCUUGAGACACACGAUGAUAAAAUUUCCGACACUCUCCGCAAGGUUCAGCUUGAUAUUCUCGAUACCGACGAGUGCAAUCAACAGUUUGUCGGAACGCGUUAUUUCAAGGAAGGGGUUUUAGAGCACCAGCUGUGCAUUGGCAGUAUACGAGGGGGGAAGGACACAUGUCAGGGUGAUUCUGGAGGACCAAUUCAGCUGAUUACAGGUUCCAAUGAAUGCAUUUAUCACGUGAUCGGUGUCACAUCGCUAGGAUCGGGAGCCUGUGGAAUUGGACGAUCAGCGGCGGUAUACACACGAGUGGCUAGUUAUGUCGAUUGGAUCGAGGAACGGGUGUGGGGCGAUCAGUAAUUACUGCGUCAAUAUAGGAACGUAUUCGGUGUUAGUGAAUUCGUUUGGUGAUAACAUUAAACAACUUUGCUUAAAAUUUCGAGUUUAUUGAA